GAACUGAAACAAGCAAAGUACAUAACUGCCAGCAUUCCCUUCCUGUCCUCUCUCUCUCUCUCUCUCUCUCUCUCUCUCUCAAAGGUUAUCAUGGAGUCUCUUUCCUUGGUCCUCUCCUCUUAUCCGCCCGUCCUCCAAAGCCACCUCAAAACCCAGAAACCGUCCAUCUCUUCUCUCCCAAACUCCAUUCCCACCCUUUCUUGUCAAAAUCAAACCCAAUUCCCCUCCACCUUUCAAUUCCCAUUCCAGGGCCACCCUUUGCUUCUCCAAACCUCUCCCUUGUUUCAAAAUAUAGCGAAAACCCAACUCUCCUUCACUCUAUUCAACCUCCUCACUUCUCUUCCUUGCUUUGCUUCUGAAGUCGUUGUCUCCUCUGCAGACCAAGUCUCGGACAAAAUUAACCUGGAGUCGGUCUUAGUUGCAAUUGACGACUUUUUCAACAGGAACCCAUUUUUCGUUGCUGGCUGUACGUUCAUUUGGCUGGUUGUUAUACCCCUUACCGAAGAGUACUUGAGAAAAUUCAAGUUCAUCUCUGCCAUUGAUGCGUUUAAGAAACUCCGGGACGAUCCCAAUGCGCGACUGUUGGAUAUCAGGGGCAGGAAGAGUUUGAAGUACUUGAAGUCCCCAAAUUUGAAGAUUCUGAAUAAGGAUGUUGUGCAGGUUCCGUUUUCUGAGGGAGAUGAAGAUGGGUUCGUGAAGUUGGUCUUGGAAAGCUUUGGGGACGUGGCAAAUACUGUGGUCUGCGUUCUAGACAAUUUCGAUGGUAAUUCCAUGAAAGUGGCUGAGUUAUUAUUCAAGAAUGGUUUCAAAGAGGCCUAUGCAAUCAGGGGCGGGGUCAGAGGUGAAAAAGGGUGGUUGGUGAUACAGGAUUCUCUUUUACCGCCAUCUGUGCAUAUGUAUCCCAAGAAGAAAGUUAGAACUUCUCAACAACCUGGGACAAAUGGAGGAGUUCUUCAGAAAACUGAUGAUAGAAAUAAUGCUACCUCUCCUGAUAAUACUGCUAUAGAAGAAAAAUGGAAAACUGAUGGGCAUCUAAACAAGUCAACAGAAUCCAUACCAGACAUGAGAAGUGGUUCUUGAUUAACCUCUUCUACCUACGGUAAUUACCCAGACCUGAAACAACCAUCUUGCCCUAAUCCAUCAGGUCCUCAAACUUGAUGCUGUAUAUCUCAAGCAGCAACUUCUGUUUGGUUGAAACUCAGUUUUCUUUCGUUUUUUUGAGGCAACUCCGUGUAAUGAUAUACACACAACAUAUUACACAACACAUU